UUACCAUUUUCAAUUUUUUUUUUCUUUCAUACCCCCUGCAAGUGAAAAAGAAAAGAAAGAAAAAUCAAAAGCCCAUAAAUGGAAUAUUACGGGAGGAGAGAAGGAAUAAAGGGGAAGAAGAAGGAGUGGUCGGCGCCGCCGAGAAGGGGGCAGAUCAAGCUCGGGAUAAUAAAGUCACUGGUGAAAUCAGCUUCCGAAUUCAUCGCCGUCGGGAGCUCGAAGAAGAAGAAGAAGAAGGGAGCGGUUUCCGGCGGUGGUUCCAGCAGCCAGACUUCUCUGGCGGCCUUCACGCCGAUUCAUACCCCGAGCGGAUAUGAUUCCGGCAUUGAUUCUGAUCCUGACUCAGCUUUAACCACAAAGUUAUGAUCCACGAGAAUAUGUUAUACAUGUAAAUAAGGUUUUUUACUUCUUUUUUUUUUUAAGAUCAAAUCCCUCUCCUGAGUCCUGACCCUAUAAAUUUGUGCCGUCUCCCCCUCACUCGGCCACUCACACUACUCCGCUGAACCGGACCGGAGCAAAUCUAGGAAGAAAGCAGAGAAAUGGAAGAAGUCAUGUUGAGGAGAUCGAACCGGACGAUCCCAGGAAGAAGGGGCCAAAUCAAGGCCCGGAUUCUCCGGAAGUUCGUUAGAUCGGCUUAUGAGUUGGUCCCAUUUCCCGGCCGUUCGAAGAAGAAGGCGACCGCUUGAUCCGGUUCACUUAGCCCGGUUUCUUGUGCGACCCCGACCCGAACCUCCAGCGGUUUCGACUCUGCAAUUGAUUCAGAUUGUUCCUAGCUUUGUGUUCAUCUAGAUUAGAUAAUGGAAGUUGUUUUCCUUUCUUUUUUUGAUGUUUUUUAAGUUUUGCUUUUUGAUGGGUAUUUCUGGAAUUUGGUGAGGAAAUCCUCCCAUGUGGAUGAGUCUCAUCCCAUGGAUCCAUUCAGAAUCGGUCAGACGAUUACUCCGUAUUUAAUAGGAGAUAAAUUGAGCGAUAAUCACAUGGUGUUCGACAAAGGUGAAGUGUACACUUGAUAUUUGAAAAUGUCAGCUUAGUAUAGUUGUUCUAUGAAAUCGAACUCGAGUUUAUCUUAUUUGGCACAAAUGGCUUAUCAGG